AUGCUGCAAAAAAUCCUCUUCUACACUUCUCUCCUCCUCACUCCACUUCUAACAACCGCCCACAUCCCCUAUCUCGACUCCGCAGGCCUCCAUAACUCAUAUACUUCCGCUUUCCAAUUUCACGAUAACACCUACUCUCGUGCUUUAUGCACCACAACCUACUGUCCACCGCGGUAUUUCCAACCUCCUUCAAAUUCCACAAAUGCUACAAGGGGAGGAUUCAAAAGACCUCGAUGGACAGGAGAAUCAUGGUCAAAAGUAUUCCUCUCAGCCGGCGAGGACCUGCAUUUCGAAUUCGGGGUGCCGAAUAUCCCCGCUCUCGAGUUUCCAAGCUUUCGACCGACGGUUUAUUUGCUAGGAAGGUGUUUACCGUCCCCUAGAGUGUUCGGGCACCCUCAACCUCAGUUUUUGGAAAAUCCUGGUAGUCAGUUGGAUCUACCGAGAGGAUGCAAGCUCAAGGGUCUGAGAUUCCAUUUGUCCGACCCUGGCUGGGAGGCUACGAAGUUUUAUGAGAAAUAUAUUGGGGCGACGUUUUUGAGGUAUUUGGAUUAUACGGUGCCUGUUGGAUGUGAUGGAGAGGUUUAUAUUGUGGUGAAGGGGUGGGAGAAGAGGGUUACGGAAUAUUAUGUUUCUGUUGGGAAAGAAGAGCAAUUCCCGCCUUAUGAGAGUACCGAUGGGAUUGCGAAAGUUGAGGAUGUGAAGAAGUGGGCGAAUGGUGAGGUGGCAGGAGUCGGAAAGUUCUGUCAAAGAAGGGGAAUUUGGGAGAGGGAGUGA